AUGAAAAGAAAAAAGCAGAGAAAUGAAGAGGAGAGUUGUGGUGAGUCUGAGAGAGAGAGAAUCUCGGUUUGGAAUCGAGACUUCACCGGUGGGGCAAGAAGAGGAGGAAGGCAGCAGAGACCGACGAGUCACGUAAGCAGCAGCAUAAUAAUACUACUAUAAAACCCACUAUUCUCUCUCCUCCAUCACUUUCAACCGCCUUUUGCAUAUUGAACAAGAAAUCUCAGUGCAUCCAUCUCAUUCAAUCACCAAUUACGAGACGAUACGACAGAACAAAAGACAAGAUUGUCCCCAUUUGAUUCACAGCUGAUUUCAUUAUUGGCCCUGGCUUGGUGGGCUUGAAACAUAAAAAGGUCUGGUUUUUGGAUUUCUGCAAGACCCACCCUGGUGUAUUUGGGAGAAUUCGCCAUUAAAAUUGCUGCCUAUUGUUCCAGGAUAAAGUGAGUGAAGGCUUAACCAAUAAGCUCGUGCUUCCCACGGUUGAGCAAAAAUGCUCUUUGGAUGGUCUAUCUGUGAAUGAUAUUAGGGAUUUGAUUUACUUAUUGAGGUUUUAGUUUCAUUCUUUCCAAUGCCUUUCCGGCGGUGGAAGUAUUUAUGACUUCCGUCAAGCCAUUGCUGUUACUGUCUGAGCCUUCUUUUGAACCAGAACCUCGUCCUUACGAUCAACACUAUUCUUCUUCUCUUGUGAGUAAAAAGGACUUUCAUUCAGCCGAGCUUCAGUCUCACAAGCCACAUUCAUCAGAAUCCCCCCGAAGGAUAGGAAACGCCUCGUAUCGUGGAGUGGAACGGAGGACCAUUGGCAUGACAAAGCAGCUUUUGAAAUAUCCCGUGAUUCAUCUAGGGUGGCUUCAUCUGGAGCAGCAUCCACCCGUGAUUCGUCUUUGUCUAGGGCUUCUUCUCGCGUCCAGGAUAAGCUGAACACAUCUCAGAGGCUUCUUCAGAAAAGCAUGCAGUUGGAGGAUAGCUUAUUACAUGGAAGUAACCCUAGGUUGAUCCAUGUUAAUGAUCCAAAAAAGACUAAUGAUAAGUUUGAUUUCUGUGGAAAUGAGAUCAGAACUAGCAAGUAUACAGUAAUAACUUUCUUGCCGAAGAACCUAUUCAUUCAGUUUCAUCGGGUUGCCUAUUUAUACUUUUUAGCUAUCGCUGCUCUGAAUCAGCUUCCACCUCUUGCUGUAUUUGGGAGAACUGUGUCUCUGUUUCCUCUUCUGUUUGUGCUUUCUGUGACAGCUAUAAAAGAUGGUUAUGAGGAUUGGCGGAGACACAGAUCAGAUAGGAACGAGAAUAACCGGGAGGCUCUAGUACUUCAAUCUGGUGGGAAGUUUCAGUUAAAAAGAUGGAAGAAAAUCCGGGUCGGGGAGAUUGUGAAGAUCCUUGCUAAUGAGACUAUUCCCUGUGACAUGGUGUUGUUAGGAACCAGUGAUCCUAGUGGAAUUGCUUAUAUUCAGACAAUGAAUCUUGAUGGUGAAUCAAACUUGAAGACAAGGUAUGCUAGGCAAGAAACAACUUCAUUAGUGUGUGAAGGGGAGAUGAUUUCGGGAGUUAUUAGAUGUGAACAGCCUAACAGGAACAUUUAUGAAUUCACGGCCAAUAUGGAGUUUAAUGGGCAUAGAUUUCCGCUCAGCCAAUCGAAUAUCAUAUUGCGUGGUUGCCAGCUGAAAAACACAGAAUGGGCAGUUGGAGUAGCGGUUUAUGCUGGGCAAGAGACUAAAGCUAUGUUGAACAGCACUGCGUCUCCAUCUAAAAGAAGCAGGCUGGAAACAUAUAUGAACCGGGAAACCCUUUGGCUGUCUAUUUUCCUUUUCGUGAUGUGCUUGGUUGUAGCAAUUGGGAUGGGUCUAUGGUUGAAGCGCCAUGAGGAGCAGCUUGAUACCAUGCCUUAUUACAGAAGAGUUUACUUUGAAGAAGGAAAACAUGGCAAACAGUAUAAGUACUAUGGGAUUCCUAUGGAAACAUUUUUCUCCUUUCUGAGUUCGAUCAUAGUUUUCCAGAUAAUGAUACCUAUAUCUCUUUAUAUCACCAUGGAGUUAGUUCGCUUGGGACAGUCGUAUUUCAUGAUUGGAGACAGGCAUAUGUAUGAUAUUAACAGUAAUUCUAGGUUUCAGUGCAGAUCCCUAAAUAUCAAUGAGGAUUUGGGUCAGAUUCGCUAUGUUUUUUCAGAUAAAACAGGAACACUUACCGAAAAUAAGAUGGAAUUCAGAAGAGCUAGUGUGUGGGGAAAAAGUUAUGGGAGAUCCCUUUCUGCUGCUGAUGCAUCAGUAAACACAGAUAUUGGAGAAGAACCAAUCCAACAUCCUUCGAGUCGAAGAAAGUUAAUGAUCAAAUCAGAAGUUCCAACUGAUGUUGAACUAAUGCAAUUGUUACAUGCCAAGCUAGCCGGAGAAGAGAGGAUUGCUGCAGACGAGUUUUUUCUGACGUUGGCAGCAUGUAAUACCGUGAUUCCUAUUCCUACCAAAAGUUCUUCAUGUGGUGUACAGAACAAUGUGGACGACACUGAUGUCACCAUCGAGUAUCAAGGUGAAUCUCCUGAUGAACAAGCGCUUGUAGCUGCUGCAUCUGCUUAUGGGUAUACACUGUGUGAGCGGACAUCUGGUCAUAUUGUGACUGAUGUCAAGGGUGAGAAACUAAGGUUGGAUGUCUUAGGACUUCAUGAGUUUGACAGUGUGCGUAAAAGAAUGUCUGUUGUCAUUAGAUUCCCAGAUGAUUCUGUAAAAGUUUUGGUCAAAGGGGCUGAUACUUCAAUGUUUAGCAUUUUAAGCAAAGAGCAUGAAACUCAUGAACACAUAAAAAAUGCCACUUAUACUCAUUUGAAUGAGUACUCCUCUGAAGGACUGCGAACCCUUGUGGUCGCUGCAAGGGACCUUAAAGGAGAAGAACUUGAGGAGUGGCAAUGCUUGUAUGAGGAUGCUAGUACAUCUUUGAAUGACAGAUCAGCAAAAUUACGCCAAACAGCAUCUCUAAUCGAGUGCAAUUUAACACUACUUGGCGCCACCGCAAUAGAGGACAAACUACAAGAGGGUGUACCUGAAGCUAUUGAGUCUCUGCGGCAAGCGGGGAUAAAAGUUUGGGUUCUUACUGGAGAUAAGCAAGAAACUGCAAUUUCAAUUGGUUUGUCUUGCAAACUCUUGACCUCCGACAUGCACCAGAUCAUCAUUAAUGGCUCUUCAGAAAAUGAAUGCAAAAGGUUAUUGUCAGACGCCAAGGCCAAAUACGGUGUGAAGCCCGCAAGUUGUGAUAAUCGGAUCUUAAAAUUGCAGAGAGAAGCAGAAAAUGGUACAAAGUCAUAUAAAUUACCGCAGCAGCUUGCGGGAGGGGAAGGAAUUCCUGUUGGACCUCUAGCACUCAUAAUUGAUGGGAAUAGUCUUGUGUAUAUUUUAGAGAAAGAUCUUGAGUCUGAGCUCUUCGAUCUUGCAACUUCAUGUAAAGUUGUGCUUUGCUGUCGCGUUGCCCCUUUGCAGAAGGCUGGAAUUGUUGAUCUAAUAAAGAGCCGCACUGAUGAUAUGACACUAGCCAUAGGUGAUGGGGCUAAUGAUGUUUCAAUGAUCCAAAUGGCGGAUGUUGGUGUUGGAAUAUGU